UUUAAAAAAUAUAUAAAUAGAAUUCUCUCUUUUCAUUUUAGAUGGAAAUUAUAUGACAGAAUAUUUGGGUAACAUCUUCCUGAAAGAUCUUCAAGGACUACAGAAGACAAAAACACUAAUGCAUUUGAGAAAGUGGUAAAGUUGGGGGGGGAGGGGAAGAACCCUGCUUUCCUGAUUUGCAACUUGCCUGGAUGCUAAGAUGUCGGUGGACAUGAAUAGCCAGGGGUCUGACAGUAAUGAAGAGGACUAUGACCCAAAUUGUGAAGAAGAGGAAGAGGACGAGGACCCUGGGGACAUCGAGGACUAUUACGUGGGCGUAGCCAGCGACGUGGAGCAGCAGGGGGCCGAUGCCUUUGAUCCUGAGGAGUACCAGUUCACCUGCUUGACCUACAAGGAGUCAGAGGGCGCUCUCAAUGAGCACAUGACCAGCUUAGCCUCUGUCCUGAAGGCCGUUGAUGCUCACUGCCAUCAGCUGCAUCCUCCCUAUGGCACUGGUGUCCCAUUCAGUUGCUAAACUUAUAUUAGUUAAUUUCCACUGGCAAGUUGCAGAGAUAUUGGACAGAUACAAGUCUAACUCUGCUCAGCUGCUGGUUGAGGCUCGAGUUCAGCCCAGUCCAUCGAAACAUGUCCCCGCAGCCCAUCCCCCUCACCACUGCGCAGUGUGCAUGCAGUUUGUGCGGAAGGAACACCUACUCUCUCUGGCCUGUCAGCACCAGUUUUGCCGCAGCUGCUGGGAGCAGCACUGCUCAGUGCUUGUCAGAGACGGCGUGGGUGUGGGAGUCUCUUGCAUGGCUCAGGACUGCCCACUUCGAACACCAGAGGACUUUGUAUUUCCAUUAUUACCCAACGAAGAACUAAGAGACAAAUACAGGCGCUACCUCUUCAGGGACUAUGUGGAGAGUCAUUACCAGCUCCAGCUGUGCCCCGGUGCCGACUGCCCCAUGGUCAUCCAGGUACAAGAGCCCAGAGCUCGCCGCGUCCAGUGCAGUCGGUGCAGCGAGGUCUUCUGUUUCAAGUGUCGUCAGAUGUAUCACGCCCCCACAGACUGCGCCACCAUCCGGAAAUGGCUCACGAAGUGUGCAGACGACUCUGAGACGGCCAACUACAUUAGUGCUCACACGAAAGACUGUCCCAAGUGCAACAUCUGCAUCGAGAAGAACGGAGGCUGCAACCACAUGCAAUGCUCCAAGUGCAAACACGACUUCUGCUGGAUGUGCCUCGGGGAUUGGAAGACCCACGGCAGCGAGUACUACGAGUGCAGCCGGUACAAGGAAAACCCCGACAUCGUCAACCAGAGCCAGCAGGCCCAGGCCAGGGAGGCCCUCAAGAAGUACCUGUUCUACUUUGAGAGGUGGGAAAACCACAACAAGAGCCUGCAGCUGGAGGCACAGACGUACCAGCGGAUCCACGAGAAAAUCCAGGAGCGGGUCAUGAACAACCUGGGGACGUGGAUUGACUGGCAGUACCUGCAGAACGCUGCCAAGCUCUUGGCCAAGUGUCGCUACACCCUGCAGUACACGUACCCGUAUGCGUACUACAUGGAGUCUGGACCCAGGAAGAAGCUGUUUGAAUACCAGCAGGCUCAACUGGAGGCUGAGAUCGAAAACCUGUCCUGGAAAGUGGAGCGCGCGGACAGCUAUGACAGGGGGGACUUAGAAAACCAGAUGCACAUAGCAGAGCAGCGGAGGCGGACCCUGCUGAAGGAUUUCCACGACACCUAGGCUGCCCUUGGCGAGCACGAGGGAGGAAGAGGUGGCUGGAGCCCGCCGGCUGCUGUUCUGCAUGCUGCGGGCUCUGCCUCUCACGACCCCAGGCAGCAGCCAGGCCUACUCCUGAGAGACCCUGGCGCACACCUCAGUCCACUUCUGUUCUGUUUCAUCUUUCUUUUUUUUUCUCCUACGGUCGAGGCCCUGUUGAAUUGGCCUCUUCAGGAUUUGUAAUUCCCCCUGGACAGUUGUUGGGAGGGAGGGAACGUUUUUUUGAAUGACUAUUAAUAGUAUUAGCUCAUUACAACGUACGUGAUUUUCAAAGGUUGGAAAAAUGUACCAAAAAAAAACCAGAAAAAGGAAACCAACCAUAGAAUUACACAGAACCUUUUAAACAAAUAAAUUGGCAUUGGAGUGUUC